AUGUACGUCCAACUUAUCAGCUUACUAUGCCUUUUUACCGACGUUCUUGCCUCAGCUAAGUCUUUUACCGCCCAGCAUGUGUCAAAACCGACGUUCUGUCAUGGAACUGUUUCAAAUUUAGAAGGUCAGCAUUUUGAUUGGAGGGAAUGUGGCGGGGUAAGUCCGGUCAAGGACCAAGGUCAUUCCUGUUCUUCUUGCUGGGCUUUUAGUGCCAUUGCUAACAUCGAGAGUCAGUUUUGGAUGAAGGGUUAUCCUUUCAUCCUUUCAGAGCAGUACCUAUUAGAUUGCAACACCAUGGGCGCUGAUUGCAAUCACACGGUCAGCGUUGUCCACACAUUUGCUGAUAUAAUAGCGAAUCUCGGAGGCGUGCCAUUCGAAUCACAAUACCGGCCGUACAGUGAAAAAAAAUUGCAAUGCCCACAGCAUAAGCCUCGUUUGGUGAACGUGGUUGGGCUGGAGCGAGUCAGGCCAGGAGACGAGGAUGCAAUGGCUAAAGCUUUGAGGAAACAUGGCCCGCUUUCUGCUGGUAUUAACGACAAAAUGAUGCUAAAUCCUCGCCACGCUUUAGACAUAGACGAGCCCACGGAGGAUCAGUGCCCGCCGGAGGAUCGGAACCACGCCGUACUCAUAGUUGGAUACAGCGUCGCUUAUAGCUCUGAUGGACGAACGGUGCCAUAUUGGAUCAUCAAGAACUCUUGGGGGACGGACUGGCCGCAGGGGGACCAGGGGUACUACUACCUCCGCCGCGGGACCAACGCAUGCGGCAUCGCCAUGGACGUGUCUUACGCUAAAGUUGCAAUAGAUAUCUCUUAAGCCCUAUUCAGACGAUGCGAGAACUCGCAUGCGAGAUGCAUUGCCGUUUUUGAUCGGUCGGUUGAAUUUGAUGUAACCAACAGUCCGCAAUGUAACUAAAAUUGCAUGCGAGUUCGCGCGCCGUCUAAAUCAGCCCUUAGGCUAAUGCAGUGGAAUAUAAUUUUUUCUAUUAGUUUAGGCUUUUAAAUGAAAACCUUAAAUUGUGCAAAUAA